UCUACUGCUACUUUAUAUUCCUUGAAUCACCGAGCUGCCGCAUCAGUUAUGAGCGUUUCUCAAAUAGGUCGCUGCAUUGUCAAAAUAGAGACAUAAGCUCGCAAAAAAAAGGAAAAAAGUACUUAAAUAAAAGUUUUGUAAGAAAAAAAAUUUGAUUUUACGAGCCUUUAACAGUAUUUUUACAAUGAGAUCGUUGAUGCGAUUACCAACGUGUGCUUGUCGGAGUAACUGGUUUUUCUAGUACGGCGACGGCAAGAGCAUAUUGAUAGCCGAUGACCGUGCAGCAUUAUCGUUCGCCUAAGUCAAUACAACACGGAGGGAGUGUUGUGCUGUACACACUGAAUAUUAGAAACUCUCGCUGGUCGUUCUCUCACGAGCAAAAUGACAAAGCGAGCAACAAAAAGGGUUGUAAUCCGCGUGUGUAUGCCCACACACACAUUCAUAAAUACAUGUGCAUGUGAGUAUAUACAUAUGUAUAUAUAUAGGUAUAUAUAUAUAUGUAAGUGUUUUGCACGAUGAGAGAAGGAACGUCCGCGAGCGCCGCUGCAGUCGCCACACACAAGCGAACCGCCGUGGCGCUCGGAGGCCCUGUGAUAUAUACUGUUGGUUUUUCUGUGCAACACUCGGGCCUGCGGAAUAAAUCGACCAGCAAACCUGUGUCAAGGUAGGACAUGUUUCGUGUCCCCAAAGCUACAAUGCCUACUUCUAUAGUGACUUCGCCAAUAAAUCCAUUCAGCAAACGACCAAGAGAAUUUACUCAGUGUGCCUAUACAUCGUAUGUUUGCAAUCAGCCAUGCAUAGAUUCUUACAGUUACUGCAUAAGACAUAUUUUAGAAGAUACUAGUGCUCCUUAUAGACAGUGCAGUUUCAUUUACAAUAUCAAUGGCAGGAAGUGUCACAAUGCUGCACCUAAAUCAGAUAAAAGGGAUGUUUCAUAUUGUCCUGAACAUGCUAGGAGAGCUCAAAUCAUAAGGACAAAAUCCAAUACCAAACAUUCGCUACCUGAAAGUCCAGAAACUUUACUAUUAACCAUUGGACAUUAUGUUAAACAAACAGAUCCAAAUAUAAAGACAGAAAAUGGAGAAGAAUCCAAAGAUAAAGUUAUUGAUCCUUUUAAUGAAAUAGACGCUUGCAAAAUAAAUGCAAAAGGGCCAGAUAUUUUAGACUAUGCUAGCUCCUCAGAAAGUGAUGUAGAACCAACUGCUGUUACAGAUACUGUCAGAGGGACUUAUUUAGAUGAUAGUGAUAACGAAAGCUUACACAGUGCAGAAGAAGAUCCUCUAAGACAUGCUGGUGUAUAUACGGCAGAAGAAGUUGUCUAUAUUUCUAGAGAAAAACUAAUGAGGUUACAAUCUUUAUACAUAGAUCAAUUUAAAAGAUUACAGUACAUUUUAAGAGAGAAGAGAAGAAAAUAUUUACAUGCCUUAAAAAAGGAAAAAGAAACUUUAUGUAGCAUUCAUGAUCAAAAAAAAGAUAGUGCAAAAGAAAAAAAAACCUACCAAAAACUCAAGGCAUUAAAUAGUUACCAUAGACGAAGUGGCGUUGAAGCUAUUCUCUACAAAAAAUUGAUGGAGCGACGAGCAGAAGUGGCAGGUGGUCACAUACAAAAGUCGUCUAGUACGCAAAAAUGUAUUUUCACGGAAGGUGGAGUCAAAUGUGGAGAUAAAACAUUACCCUCGUCUAAAUACUGUCGCAAACAUAUACUCAAAGACCAAAACCAAGUAUUAUUUAAAGCUUGCGGUGCUAUAGAAGCAGAUACCGCAUGUCAUGAACCAGUACCUGUGAUUUUCGAUGCAAAUUGUGUAUUCCAUUCUCAGUUACCAAGUGAAAUCAAAUUAGAACCUAUGAAGUUUAAAGAAGAGAAACCACCAACCGUAGAAGUCACCGUAAAAGAAGAAAAAACUAGUAUGGAUAUUGAUGUCGUUGGAGGAACGCAUGAAAUAGACCCCGAAGAUGAUAUGGCAGGUAUAAUGCGUGAAAUGAACGAUGUUGUUAACAAGAAAACGACUUUCAAUGACAGUAUCAUCAGCGAAACAAGCACGGAUACAGCAUUUAGUUUAACGGCACAAAUGAGUGACAAAGAUGAAAUGAUAUCAAUGUGAAUAAUUGAAGGUGACAUCGAUACUGUUACCAAUAACAUUUUCCAGUAAUGUAGAUGUCGUUUUAUUUCUAUUUUUUAUCAAAUACUUUAAAUCACAAGUCACCCUAUUAUUGUAUAAUAGUAUUUAUUUAGUCAAACUAAAAUUUCAUUUGUACAUUAUUCAAAAAAUAGUUAUAAAAUGUAAAUAAGUUGUUGGAUAUAUUUAUAAAAUCAAGUUUCUAACUAAAUUGACUUACUUUACUCCCCAUCAUUAACUCGCUCAAGUAAAUAAUAAAAAUCAAAAAACAUCAGCAAUCUAACGGAAUCUGAGAUACAAAAUUUGGUGUGAUUUUUUUUCUUGCAAAAUAGAAAUAAUCGCAGUCC